UUCAGGCGAACACGUUUGCGUACGGAACCACCGGAAGUGGUCCGUCUCGGAAUGACUUCCUCCAUAUAGCCAAUUCUUUUUUUUGUAAUUCUGAUACAGCUUCUUGCGGAACAUCCAACGACAACGAGUCUGUUUAUUGUUGCAGAAACAGGGUGGUUGUUGUUCCCAAAACAACGUUGACGUUUGUUGACGGCUGGCGCGACCUCAAUACCGCCAAACAAACAUCAUCGGGAUGGCGGAGGCGCCAGGUACUUCUAACGAGGCGAUAACGGAGACCAUUCAAGUAGAAACACCGCCACCGCUCCAGCAGGAGGGACGUAGCCUGACCAUCAAGCUGAGGAAGAGAAAGACUGACAAGAAGGUGGAGUGGUCCAGCGACACAGUGGACAACGAGCAUCUGGGAAGGAGGUCCUCCAAGUGUUGCUGCGUCUACGAGAAACCCAAGCAGUUCGGAGAGUCCUCCUCUGAAAGCGAGGGAGAUGACGAAGGCUGUGGAAGUGCACACUGCAUUCUAGGACAUGGGAAAGACAUGCAUGGACACAGUGGAGGGGGUGGGGGGAACUCUGGAGGAUCACAUGCCCAUUAAUGAUUAAGAGUGGAGACUGGGGGUUACGACACAUACUGCUACACACACAGUCUCAUUUAGUUCAGUCAUUGCAGUACUGGGAGGAAAAGGGAUAAAGAUUAGAAGAGACAGAACAAAGGAAAGAACACAACCUGUUUGAUAAGAACAUGGGGUGCUGUUGAGAGUUCAUUGUAUAUAUUACAAUCAUUUUUCUUUUUUUUUUAUAAAGAGUACUUUUCCUUAUUUGUCUAAAUACUUGAUUUUACUUAUGUUGCAGUAUCUUAGCUUGUGUGCCAGACAGUCUGUUCCUGCUUGUCAAACAGGGAUUUGGAAAGAUGAUGAUGUAACAUUGUAGAGAGCUGAAAUAGUCUGGUACCCAGACUACUACUAGGGAGCGAGUUCCAAACAACAGCCUAUCCAGGGCUCUCCAACCCUGUUCCUGGAGAGCUACCAUCCUGUAGGUUUUUGUAGCUGGUCGAUGAGCUGAAUCCGGUUAGUUACAACUGUGGUUGGAGUUAAAACCUACAGGAGGGUAGCUCUCCAGGAACAGGGUUGGAGUUAAAACCUACAGGAGGGUAGCUCUCCAGGAACAGGGUUGGAGUUAAAACCUACAGGAGGGUAGCUCUCCAGGAACAGGGUUGGAGUUAAAACCUACAGGAGGGUAGCUCUCCAGGAACAGGGUUGGAGUUAAAACCUACAGGAGGGUAGCUCUCCAGGAACAGGGUGGGAGAGCCCUGCCCUACUCCCUAUAUAGGGCCCUGGUCGAAAGUAUUGCACUUUAAAGGGAAGAGGGUGCCAUUUGGGUCGUAACAUCUUUUAUCUCUACUUCAAAGUAAUGAGUACUCCAUGAAUACUUAAGUAGCAAACAGUCUUAUUUUAUGGACACAAUGUUGUACAGACAAGGUCUAUCGGUAACAUUAAAGACGUUUAGGGGAGUAUUUAGGACACUAUUUUAAGGAAAUGCUAGUCUUGUUUUUCUUAUUUUCAUGUAACAUUGCUGACAUUACCUUUUAGUUGAGUGCAGUGAAAAUGUGUUGAUGCACAAUCCUCUCCCUGCCCUUUACAAUCCUCAGAAGUGUUGAGUACAUUAGUCUCAGCACUUCAAAUAAGAAUAGAAUUGAUGGCAGAUUGCCUUAAAUUCUGAGAAGAUGUUGUAAAGAUAUGUCCUUUUGUAUUGAUGAGGUGAGAGAAUGUCAACAUACCAAUAAUUAGAAAAAUCUUACAAACCAUGCAUAUGCAACAAAUUAUAUACAGAUUAUAUACACUGAGCUGCAAAAGUAUUGGGACAGUGACAUUUUUGUUGUUUUGGCUCUACUCAAAUGACACUGACUACGAGGUGAAAUUGCAGACUUCCAGCUUUAAUUAGAAAGUGUUUUCAUUCAUAUCGUAAACCGUUUAGAAAUUACAACACUUUAUGUACAUAGUCCUGCCAUUUAUAAUAAUAAUAAUAAUAAUAUAUGCCAUUUAGCUGACGCUUUUAUCCAAAGCGACUUACAGUCAUGUGUGCAUACAUUCUACGUAUGGGUGGUCCCGGGAAUCGAACCCACUACCCUGGCGUUACAAGCGCCAUGCUCUACCAACUGAGCUACAGAAGGACCACACCAUUUUAGGGGACCAACCGUAUUGGGAUAGAUUCACUUAUGUGUAUUAAAGUAGUACAAAGUGAAGUAUUUGGUUCCAUAUUCACAGCACGCAAUGACUACAUCAAGCUUGUGACUACAAAUUUGUUGGAUUCAUUUUCUGUUUGGUUGUUUCAGAUUAUUUUGUGCCCAAUAGAAAUGAAUGGUAAAUAAUGUAUUGUCAUUUUGGAGUCAAAUAAUAUAUGUUUCUGAACACUUCUA